GAUCAAGAUGACAAGCAGACUUAGUUAUUGCAUGUGGUUUACCACACUCAUUACUCUUGACUUUGUUUUGUCUACAACGGUACUUCCGAUUCCCAUCGAUUUACCAGAUUCCAAAGAAGAAAAUGAUUUUAAAAAUAUAGCUAACUUCAAGCUUAAAAAUGAAUAUAAAUGGAAUGAAAGUUCUACUGAAACAUCUGCAGAAAAAAGUUCCAGUGUUCAAGUAUCAAGGGAGGGGAAUGAAAUACCAGAAGAUAUUAGCGAAGAGAAGAAAGAAUUCAAAGAAUGGAAUGCAAAAAUGCGAGAAUUAACUCAAAAACAGUUGGAAAAAUGGAAUCGUCUUCUAAAAAGAAAUGGUGAAAAUGGGAAAAUAAAAAGUUGUGCAGGUUAUAGAGUAGUUCAUAAAAAAGAUCGAAGUAAUGUGAAUAGUAAAUCUAAGUCUUCACUAAAAAUUGAUUCAUCUUCCGGUGAUUUGAAUGAUAAAAAAAAUACAAACUUGAAAGAUGAUGAAAAAAAAUCACUUUUUGAGGAAUACAUGAACUCGUCAAAGCCAAACGUCUUGGAUGACGAUAAGUUAACUGAUCGAACGAAAUAUCAAACUGGUCGGUGGGGCAUGAGCAUAAAAAUCCCGCCAAAGGAAUUCCUGGCGGAAACAUCGACGGUGCGAGAGAAAAGUGGCAAAAAAAAUCACGUGAAAGAAAAAAAUAAAUCGAAGAAAAAAAAAAUUCACAAAGGAAAUCAAGAAACGUCAGAAUUUUUAAACCAUUCGACAAACAGUCGAUGGGGUAUGAGCACAGUUUCACCAACCGAAAAAUCUGAAAAAGAGGAAAAAAAUAAUUGGCAAAAAAUAGAAUCGUUUAAUAUCACGUCAGAGUUAUCUCCUCCACUAAAAAAAGACAUUGAAUCACAAAAUUCGAAUGGUAGCACACGAAGAAGCUUUCAAGAAAAUGACAAAGUUGACAGACUAUCAAUUCAACCACCAAGUAAAAAUAUAAAAAUAUAUUCGCCAAUUAUUAUUCUAAAUCCUCUCAUUUGGAUGGUUAAAUUACCAGUGGGUAUCAAGCAACAGCUUGGAGUUGUUCCAGAUGAGUUGGCAAAUCUCUCGAGAGACAUCCACUUCAUAAACAGUAGUAUUAUUCUCGGUCAAAUGCGUCCUGCAAGGCAAGUAGAAAAUAACAAGGAAAAUGGAAAUGACGAUGAUGGUUCAAUAAGCAGUAGUGAUCAAAUGGAUACUUUCAAAUAAAUACACUCCUUCGUUCGAUCUAUAAUUGAAUAAAUUAAAUCAAACAUAAAUUGAUAAAGACACGUGAAUUUUUAACUAAUUAAUCAGAAGAAAAAUCUCAAAAGUUGUUGAUUUUUUACAAAUAGAGUAAAGGUAUCGUUUUAAAUGUUUUACACAGCAAAUCUCAUGUAAAAACACUGUUACUUGUGUAAAUUUGAACAAAAUGAAGAAAAAAACAAAAAAAGAUCGUAAAUAUUCGUUAAUUAUUUUCAUAAAUUUGCUUAAUAUAAACAACUAAUUUUAUCAGUAUGUACAACUCGUUUUUCACCGUCUGUUUCAA